AUGCUGGUGACCUAUUUCGAAGCCAGCCGGGACCUUUGCGAGACGGACUCAAUUCUUUUUGGCGCCGCGCUGGCAGUCUGCCGUAUCAUAGGCGCCAAGGUUUCCACGGCUGGACGCGCUACUGGCCAUAGUAGCGCUAUCCCAGCAUGGAGAAGAAGAAUUGAGGAACGUAUCGCAAAGGCUAGAGCUCUCAUCGGCAGACUGAUAUGCUGCAGAUCAGGCAACAACAGGCCAAGAAUUGUGCGCACCGUCAGGAUGGCGUUUGCUGGGACAAAUGUCAGUUUGUCCCAGCCGGAUAUAACGCAAAAACUGACGGAGCGCAUAGAUGAUCUGAAGCAGAGAAUCGCUGCUUGGGGAAAGCGGAUUCGGCCGUAUACCGAGAGGUCGACACGGUUCAACCAGAAUCUUCUCUUCCAGAGUGAUCAGAAGAGGCUCUAUGAAUCAUUGGAGCGACCAAUGGUAAGUGGAACGGGUCCAGCACCGAAUCAGGCCGACACUGUAGCAUUCUGGCGCGGCCUGUGGUCAGAGCUCGUAAACCACAGCGAGGGCCCUUGGACGGAAAUUGUGGCAAGUCAGUGUGCGGGUAUUACGCCCAUGGACCCCGGCAUCAUAACGCCGGAUGACGUAGCUGAGGCGGUCCGUAGGGCCCCGAAAUGGAAAAGUCCGGUGCUAGACGGGCUGCAUCACUACUGGCUGAAGGGGUUCAUGGUGUGUCACUCUGUGCUCACCCGACAGUUUCAAGAGGCUCUCAACCAGAAGUCGCUCCCUAGCCUCUUCACUACUGGGAUCACUCAUUUGGUUCCUAAAGACCAGUACGCCUCUCGAAAAUCGACCGCGACUUCCCCGCAUAGCCCUAAGCAAGCGGAAUCGGGCUGUCGUGAGGGCUCUGAACCCAAUGCUGGUGACCUAUUUGGAAGCCAGCCGGGACCUUUGCGAGACGGACUCAAUUCUUUUUGGCGCCGCGCUGGCAACCUGUCGUAUCAUAGGCGCCACGGUUUCCACGGCUGUCGAGCUGUACAAGAUAGACUGUACAGUUAG